AUUCAUCAAUUGAUGGACAUUUCAAGCAUUUAUUAUUAAUACCCUGAUUCUCAGAUUCUAUAAUUCCAAACCAUGGCACCCCUUUAUAUUACAAGGGGCCAAAGCCUACAAAAAUACUGCCUCUAUUUGGGCUCCGAUUCACUUGGGUGCCUACAAACCCUCUGAAGAAGGGAGGACCUAUUCUUUGGUUGAGAAACUGAGGACUAAAGAUGUGGAGACCUGCCGAAAAUCCUACGAUUUCCAGGGGGGAAAAAGCAGAUCUAUAACUCAAGAUUCUGGGCCUAGUGAGCCAAACUAAGAAAUUCUGUGGCCAGAAUUCCGCAGCUCUGAGAUUUUUUCCCGGCGGUUCACAGGAAGAGGCCGAGCGAACUCGGCGCGGGCGGCGCUCAGCCAAUCAGCGCGGGCGAGUCCGUCGUCAUGGCAACGAGGUUGCCGCUCGCUACUCCUAAUACUUGUGAUUAGUGUUUUCCUGGUACCCCGCACCCCUGCGCAAGCAAGCAGGCUACACUCUUUUAGUACCGCGACCAUGGACCGCUGGGACCGUUCCAUUGAAACGUACGAGGCUCUGCUCAUGUCGCUGCUCGGGCUCUGCCAGUCUAAGCCCUCUGACAGCAAUGAAAGCUCCAGCAAAGUCCAUUCGUUCAACCCUGACCUGGUCAUUGCCCACUGCUUCAAGCGGUUCAAGCAGGAGGACUUCUCCCUGCCACAAAGUCGCCGCCGGAUCAUCAUUGUUCCUCACGUGGAAGAUCAGAUGCCCGUCAAUCCCAACCCCCAGCCCAGUUCUCCCCCAGUGUCCAUCCCCUGCUUCAAGACCCUGGAAGCUGAGGAUACACAAGAGCAGCCAGAGGACACAGAGACCUGGCUGAGCCAGAGGUUGAAGCUUCGGAAGGAACUGGAGUCAUUUGGCAACUUAGAGAGGUGGCUGAAGAACAAGCCCAGCUUCACGCCUUCAGAGGCCAAGGUCUUGAACAGGAUCCACCAGGAGCAUAAGGCCCAGAUGGAGGCCCUCUUGACUGCUACCAGGGCCACCAAGAAAAAAGGCUCCCGAACCUCCCGUCUCAUAGUGCCCCAGCUCCGACUGCCCAAGCCCCCUGCCCUGGCAGCCAUGUACGCCUACCUGCGCAGCCGCAAGAUCAAGAUCCUGGAGAUGUUCAGCAAGGCGGACCGAGGGGAGAACCAGAAGAUCAGCAGGGAGGAGUUCAUCACGGCUCUAAAGGCAGUCGGAGUCCCUUUGACCAACCAGGAGGUGGAGGAUAUAGUGAUCUACCUCAGCUCGCUGGGGAAGUACAACAGCAUCACCACGGAGAUCCUGGCCAACACCUACAAGCAGUGGUCUCUGGCUGUGCAGAGGAGCACCCUCCGAUCCAGAAGCGAGUAUUACAGCUUGGCCAAAGACAAAGCUUCCCCACAGAGUUUGUCUAAGAAGCAGAAGGUGAACUCAGCCCUGCAGCCUCCCAAGAUGGACUUGCUGACCGUGCCCGUGGUCGACACCCAGCAGGAGGCGCGGCCCAUGACCCUGGAGGAGAUGGAGGACGUUGGCAAGCGGUACCGUGAGAGGAGGCGGCAGUACAAGAUGACGAUCCCCUCCAUCCAGUACACAGAACGGUGCCGCCUGGUACGCAGUGGAAAUAAGCAGUUUGACCAGCACUGCCUCCCGUCCACCAUCUGCGGAGAGAUGGCCGAGCUGAUCGACGAGUCCCGCAGGGAGACCUUUCUGGUCUACCUGCAGUGCUGGAAGCUCUGUGAGUCCUACGGCCUCCCACUGACAGAGGACAUCCUCAUGAAAGCUCUGCUAUACCCGGGAGACAAGAUCAUUUACCAGAAAGAUCAGGUGUGCCCGAUCCGGCAGCCAGGAGGCUACUACUGCGACUUCAAGAUCUUCCCUCCAAACCUGGCUCUGCUGAGGUCCCAGGGGCUUGGCGAGGCUGCAGUGAAGAAGACUGACAAGAAAACACCAAAGAAAAUCAAGAAAAUAUACUUUAAGGAGUUUGAAGAGUUCACCAGGAAGCUGAAGGAGAAGAGGCCCAGUGGUCGGCAGAGAACCCACCCCAACUUCUUCUGGCCAGGCCACCUCCUGGACAAGCUGCAGCUCUACCUACCUACUGUGGCUAUAGAUAGGAGCCUGGCACUCUUCAGCUGUGUCCAGCCCUAGCCCCACAUUUACUCAGCUGCCUACCACUCCAACUAUUGGUGGCCCAUUAGGGACAUGAAAUACAUGGCCUGUGCCUAUCACGAUGCCCCCAAGGUCUACUACAUCAACUAGAGCAAACCAGGGGUUGCUGAACCCAGACAUCCUGGGGCUUCUGGGCUAGAACAGCUAGCAGCCCAAACCAUAGACAGGGGCAGGGGGCGGGUGGGAUGUCAAAGAGCCAGACAAAAACAAACAGUUUCAGUGGGAAGGCUCCCAGAGGCUGGCUCCCUCCAGACCAAAAUUGUCCAGGGUUUCAGAGGGUAGAUGUGUACAGGAAAAGAAGGGCAGUUUUUGAGGGUUUCCCUCCCUGCCCUUUGUCCUUUUGAAAUAAA